GAACAUUUGGAAAUGAAAUGUGUUUCGUCUCCCACUGCUUUAGAUGUACCAUAUUUACAAAUUCUUUCACACACUGGUAAUCAAUUACCAGGAAACACAAUUAGAAACACAGUCUCUAACACGAUGAGGAAGGCCAUUGGAUAACAUUAUAUAUCUAUGAUGUGGCAGAAGUGACUGUAGGGUCCAUUAUAUAUCUUCCAAAAUGAACAUUAGGCACACUCUGACUAGGAAAGGAGGGAGGAUACACACAGGAAAUAUCUCCUCUAAUAGCACUGCACGAAAACCCUAAUUUCCGUGUUUCAAGGGACUAAGUGUCUUACAAAUGUACACACCUGUAAAAUUUUCUGUGUCCUGGCUGUGUACAUGACUGUCUUGGUUCGUUGUGUAAUGUCCUUGAUAUUUUCUUACAUACCUGGACUUGCGCUUGCACAGGAAUUUCUAGGACCCUUACACCACACGUGUAGGGAAAGUAGGCUGUACUGACUGUGCAGUUUUGUGACAGAAGUGACUGAUGAUUGUAUAGUCAACAAGUGACUGUAAUGACUGUGGCUAUGUAAUAACAGUGUGUUUUUGUUUUUCUACUUUGGUUAUCAUGUGACAGAAGUGACUGUAAUGACAAUGUGGCUAUUUGGUGACAGAAGUGACUAAUGACUGUGGCUGUUUUGUGACAGAAGUGAAAAUAAUGACUCCAUGUGUGGCUAUUUUGAGACAGAAGUGACUGUGAUGACUGUGAUUAUUUUAUGACAGAAAUGUCUGUAGUUAUGAUGUGACAGAAGUGACUGUGUAAUGACUGACUGUAUGUGUUGUUAUUAAAGGCCAUGGAGAGGGCAAGCAGUGCUAUACAUGGACCAUUUUACAUCACCACCCUGCUUGAACCUAAACACCCAGAUAUAAAGGAAUCCAAUGGACAGAUUUGUGGAGGAGGUGUCUCUCUCUAUUACUCCCAUGCACUGCAGCUGCUGUUCUUCUCCUACACACAAGGGAAAAACUUCAUUUCUCCACUGAAGAAAAUCGUGACCGAGCUGAGUCCUGUCUUUCCAGUGACGCUGCGAAGUUCAAAUGGUGCAGGAAAAGGAACCAGUCCAUCUCUGUGCCAGUGGAGUGAAGUGCUGAACCAUCCUGGGCUGAUCUGCUGUCUAACUCAGACUGCGGGUACUCCAGUGGUUAUCAUGGUCAAACCAGACUCCAUCUUGAUUCAAGAAAUCAAAACUGUUCCUGCAAAGUCCAAG